GGUGGCAGUAUUGUGUGAAGCUCUUCGGAGCGGGUAGUGCUGGCAGCGGCCGGCGGUGGCGCUGGCGGACUGCGCCUGCGUUGUGAGAGCCGAGCGAGUUGAACAUGGCGGAAGCUCCGGUGGAGGAGAGCGUGAGCCCGAUACUGUUACCAGGCAGCACCGGCUCGGUAGCAACGGGCCUUCUCAGUCAGCUGCAGGCCACCUCCUGGGAUCCGACCCUCAGCGCCGACUGGGACAACGAGAAGCCCUCUCAGCCUUGCUUGCUCCGGAUUAAAAGGGAUAUCAUGUCCAUUUACAAAGAGCCACCUCCAGGGAUGUUUGUGGUCCCAGACCCUCAGGAUAUGACAAAGAUCCAUGCACUAAUCACAGGACCUUUCGACACACCUUACGAAGGAGGUUUUUUUCUUUUCCUCUUUCGCUGCCCUCCCGACUAUCCCAUUCACCCACCGAGAGUCAAACUUAUGACGACUGGGAGUAAUACUGUCCGCUUUAACCCAAACUUUUACAGAAAUGGCAAAGUAUGCCUCAGCAUACUUGGCACCUGGACAGGUCCUGCUUGGAGUCCAGCCCAGAGCAUCUCCUCAGUACUCAUAUCCAUUCAAUCUCUCAUGACGGAGAAUCCGUAUCACAAUGAGCCAGGAUUUGAGCAGGAGAGACAUCCAGGAGACAGCAAAAACUAUAACGAAUGCAUACGGCAUGAAUCUCUCAGAGUAGCUGUUUGUGAUAUGUUAGAUGGCAAGUGUCCUUGCCCAGAAGCACUGAGAAGCGUGAUGGAGAAAUCUUUCAUGGAGUUCUACGAUUUCUAUGAACUGUCCUGUAAGGAUCGGCUUCAUCUGCAGGGGCAAACCAUGCAGGAUCCCUUUGGAGAGAGGCGAGGUCAUUUUGAUUACCAGACCUUACUGAGUCGGCUGCAGGUCAUUAGACAGCGGUUGAAAAAGAAGAACGAAGAGGACGCAGUGGAAGCCGAGUCUGACAGCAGCUCUUCAGGAAAUGAGCAAGACAGUCAAGGUGCCUCCCAUCCCUAGAAAACAAACUCUGGGACAGGCCCCACCUGCGAUGGUGCGGACCCAAAGGAGGUUGUGGGCUGAAGCCGCCGUCCAGGAGUGAGACUGAACACGUGGAUUUGUAAAUAGACCAAAGAUCUGGGAUCUUUGUGGGCAGCCUGUUUUACUCGGCUUUCGCUUUGUAAUGAUAGCAAGAGGAAAGAAGGGUAGAAUUGCCUUGGUAAGAAUCAUAUAAUUUUUUAAAAAGUUUUUUUGCUUUCCAAUCCGUACUCCCUAAUGGCAGGGCACUGCUUUUAUUGUGGAGUGUUGCUCUAUAAUACCUACAUCACCCAUCAAGGGUGCCAGUCCUUCUCAGUAUAACCGCCUGUUUGAGAUGGUAUGGGCAUUUUGUCUUUUUAUAUACUGGCAUUCACAUGCAUUCAGGUCUGUGGUGGCUUCCUCUGGGGUGUGAUUGUUCCAGAUACCUACAGCUCCAAGACCUGUAUUCUGCAGGUACACCAAGGAGAGGGGUAUACUUACAGGGGUUUUAUGGACCAAUGCCACUAAGCAAGGGCCCUGUGGAACCCAGGUUGGAAACCCUUGCCUUAGGCUGAUGUGAGGAGAAAUCUGCAAAAAAGAAAAAUCUUCAAAUCAUGAAAUUAUUGACAAGAAAAUUUUUAAUUCAUUCUCAAUAUACAAAGUUAAUUCACUCCAUUUAAAGAAGAUUGCCUUUGCACACACUCACGGAUUAAUCCAUGGGGUGUAAAGGCCCUUUGAUCUCACAAAUACUGUACAGUUAAAUACUUAUUAAAUACAAGAUGAAUAAGACAAAAUCAGAAAAGUACAGCACAGAAACAGGCCCUUCGGCCCAUCCAGUAUGUGCCGAACCAUUUAACCUACCUUGUCCCUUUGACCUGCACCUAUACCCCUUCCCAUCCAUGCAUCCAUCCAAACCUCACUUAAAUGUUGCAAUUGAAAUGGCAUCCACAGUCAUGCUGCCAGCUCAUUUCACGCUCAGCACUUUCUGGAUGAAGAAGUUUCCCCACGUGUGUAAUGGAAUUUCCACUUACAUGCAUCAAUGUUAGCGACACAGUGCUCUAGUGGUUAGUGCAAUGCUGUUACAGCUCGCGACGUCAGAGUUCGGAGUUCACUUCCGGCAUCCUCUGUAAGAACGUUUGUACCUUCUUCCUGUCUGCCUGUGGGUUUCUGCUGGGUGCUCAGAUUCCCUUGCACAGUGCAAAGACGUACUAGUGACUAGGUUAAUUGGGCCUGUGAUUAGGCUGGUGUUGGAUCAGAGGGUUGCUGGGUGAUGUGGCUCACUGGUCAUGGACAUGUACAUACACAGUAACAGUACCUCAAAUAAAGUAACAAAUAAGGUGCAUUUACGACACAAGUCAAAAAGUGAACAGUAUAACGCUGCUGGUGUGAUGAGACCUGGGUGGUGGUAGGGAGUUCAGAAGUCUUAUGGCCUUGGGGGGAGAAGCUGUUUCCCAUCCUGACCAUUCCUGUCCUAAAUACCUAGUACCUGACGGUAGAGGGUCAAAAACAUUGUUGAACAGAUGGGAGGGAUCAUUGACAUACACAGUGAUCCUGAAUAUACUUUUCAACGUAUUGAGACUGGCAACUGUAAGUAUUAAAAAUGAUGUAUUGAUCAUAGCCUAACUUCAAAUCUCAUACCUAGGAUUGUUGAUCAACUCUAGACACCUGCAGAUUGUCUUUUGGAAUAAAUUGCUCAGUAAUCAGUUACCCGUUACAACUGUGGGGGUCGGAGUUCAGAGUUCAAUUCCGGUGUCCUCUGUAAGGAAGUUUGUACGUCCUCCCUGUGUGUGUGUG